AGCCUCGACUUCCAUAUCCAUCCGUUUCUUUUAUUAUCAUCUCUUUCUUGCUCGGUCGCAGGCUUGCACACCAUCCUCUUUAUACGACAGCUUGAUCUCGCUGCUCUAUAAUCGAGUUCUUUACGACUAAACGAAACAUCAUGCGUGUCCAGUCUCUCCUCCCACUCAUCCUUCUGCCGGUCCUCGCGCUCGCUCAGAGCAGCACAUCAUCUACACAAGGCAGCUCAGCAGCAGCCUCUUCCACCACAGCCUCUGCAUCAUCGGCGUCAGCAUCUGCCUCAUCUAGCGGCAACUCAACAGCAUCAUCCUCAGGUAACUCCACGACCGCCUCCGGCAACUCAUCCACCUCCACCGGUCCCCUACCCACUGCAGCGACCUCUGUUGACGGAGGAGGGAAUGAAGAUAAUGGUGGUGCGCCUACACCUGGCGCGGACUCGUCGGGGGGUAUCUAUGGGCCGGAUGAUAGUUACACCGCGGGUGCGAUGCCCUUGGAGUAUGGGGCGGUGCUGGUGAGCAUGGUGGGGGCGUUGGUGGGAGGGGGGCUUGCGCUACUCUAGAUGGUAUCGGAAGGAUAUUCAGAUGACAGAAUGGUUCCUGGUUCCUGGUUUGGGUGGUCGAGGAGGAAGUGAGCCCUAGGGCAUAGGACUGACGUGAUGGACUUCGCUGCGCAUUGACACUUUUAUUCUUUCUUUCUUCACACCUACAUAUGAGCGACACCGGACUUUGAGAUUAUAUACGAUACCACAUCAUCAUAAUGGACACUCUGGACUGUUUUGUUUAUGCCUGUGGAAGGGUGUGGCGGGCUGUGUGCCACCCGACACUGCUUCCUCCGCAGCAUUAUGCACGUUUUCUCUGACGUUGCCGUAGCUUCUAUUCUUGUUGUCAACUUCAUCCUACUUACUCUCGAGGACACCCUCGCCUCGGUUCAUGCCUCUCUUGGAUACUGUCGCUGCAGAGCUCUCGCCGCCGUAUUGUGGC